AUGGCGACCGCUGCGCAGAAGCGCGUCAACCUAGUGGUCUCGAGGAUCAUUCCGCCCGUACUACUCGGCGCGAUCAUCUACGCUUCUUACGCUAUUACGAAGACAUUAUGCAUUGACUAUCUCAUCCACCCUCUACCUUCCUACCAUCAAAGCCCUCGAGUCGGCGCGGGCGCCGUCAUCGUCGCCCUCUAUUAUCUUCUCUUAAUCCCCGUUGUCUCGACCUAUAUUCGACUUCUUUAUAAUGUCUUUGUCAGUCCUGGAUACCUACCACUCGGUGCCGAACGAGUGCGCGCCGAGGCCGAUUCGGAAGAUCCCAAACACAAGCAUGGGAAGCGCCGGCGUCGCAAGAGCAGUUCACGAAGGAGGCGCGAUGCGGAGAAAAACGGCCAGGCAGAUGCAAUUCCAGAUGUGGAUUUGGAACGUGGCAUAAACAAUCACGCGGGAGGCAAGGCAUACCAGCUUGAUUCCUUCGGCUUGGAGAGCUUCUAUACAAAAGACGUCUUUGUUUGCCAAGAAGAUGGCCGGCCGCCGUGGUGUUCAUCCUGCUGUCAGUUCAAGACGGACCGGGCGCAUCAUUGCCGGGAGGUCGAUCGGUGUGUGCGUAAGAUGGAUCAUUUCUGUCCUUGGGUGGGAGGUGUGGUCUCCGAGACAUCCUUCAAGUUCUUCAUCCAGUUCGUCGUAUACACUGCCAUCUUUUGUGGAUACCUCCUGAUCGUUACCGCAUACUAUACGGCGGAGAUUCGGCGCAAUACUGGCGGCGCCAAUGCCUACUGGGCAGUUUGUAUCGGAUUGAGCGCUCUCUUCGCCUUCUUCUCCGCGGGAAUGUCCCUCAGCUCCAUUCAAAUGGCCAUGAUGAACCUUACCACUAUCGAAAACAUCAACCGCCAUUCCGUCGUCUGGACCCUCGCCAUUCGAGUCCCAGACCACAUGCUGGAUCGACUAUGGGCCACCGACUCCCCCUGGGCACCAACCUUCCGCACGGUAUCCUACCCACUCCAACCGCCCUCAUCACCCUCCCAACCUCAAACAACCAGCCCAUCACCAGACGAGCGUCACGUCUUCGCCAUCCUCCACACCCUCCCAGGCGAAAACCCCUUCAGCCUCGGUAGCCCCCUAAAGAACCUACAACAGGUUAUGGGCCACAGCAUCAGCGACUGGCUCCUCCCUUUAAAACACAGCCCGUGUGCCGACCACAGCAGCUCAGAAAGCGCAUUUGCGCUAGGCCCCGUGGUAACUCGGCUAAAGCAGGAAGCCGGUUUGGUCCCGGCCCCCGCGCCAGAAUCCGGGAAUGGGGCGAUAUCAAGGCCCCCAACUGCGCGGGUGAAGCGUAGCCGCCGCGUUAAAGAUAGAUCGUGA